UCCCUACUCUCUUGUAUUGCGGUGAUUAUAAUCCGCACGCUGCGUAUGAUUGGUCCGUUGAGUUGGGAACCCGCACCAAUAGUGUAAGCGCCUCCCACAAACUUGCUGGCCCCGCCUAGUAGCUGGAAAGAUGUCGGGGCAAGUGUAGGUGUGUGAGAGUAAUAGAAACGUAGCAAUGGGGCUGACUGUGUAACCCUGCAGAGUCGGUGGCUUCCUGUACCGGAGAAAUAUGGCGGCUUCUGCUGCGUAUCCAAGGAAAACGCUGCACAAUCCUUCAGUGGGGAAUUCUAAAGGACAAUCUAGAAUUGAUUCACAGUCAGCGAGCUCAUAUGUGGCCUUCCCCAGUGGAAAACCAUUCAUUAACUCAGAACUGCUCCAUUCCCCCGGCAAACCAGUGCUGGCCUAUCCUGAAAGCAACAGCAGAGCUAUUUUUUCUGCUUUAAAGAACCUUCAAGAAAAAAUCCAUAAACUGGAGCUUGAGCGAUUAAAUGCUGAACAGAGCAUGAAGCGCCUCUCGGAUGAGACCCUGGAGCAUAAGGAACGACUAGACCUACGGCUCCAUUCUAGAGACCGGCUAAAGGAGGAUAUGUCCAAGCAGAAUAAAGACUUGUGUGGCCAGUUGUCUGCUGCAGAGACUCGUUGCCACCUUUUAGAGAAGCAACUUGAAUACAUGAGAAACAUGGUGAAAAAUGCAGAAAGCGAGAGAACGUCUGUGCUGGAGAAGCAGGUAUCCAUUGAAGGCAACCGAGUUCUAGAAAAACUGAAUAUCCAAGCCAGAUUAGAGAAGCUGGAUAUGCUUGAGCAGGAAUACCUGAAACUCACUACAAUGCAAGUUCUAGCAGAGAAAAAAAUCAGUGAAAUCGAACAGAAACUGAGAGAGGAGGAGCAUCAGCGCAAACUUGUGCAGGAAAAAGCAGCCCAGCUCCAAACAGGGUUGGAAACCAACAGAAUUUUGCUCCGUUCCUUAACACCUCCAUCAAAACAAGUGAAGGCAAAAAACAUAAAGUCACUGCAGCUGGAAAAGAAACCCACCUUUUCCAGUGUUUCACACUUACAGCCCCACUAUCGCCUGAGCUUAGGAGAUGUGCCCUUUGUUGCUGGAAAGUCCACAGGCACUAGCUAUUCCGUGAGAGCCAAUGUCCAGCAUGUCUUGCACCUGAUGAAGCAACAUAAUAAACUCUUGUGCAAUGACCGAGUUGUGAGCGAUCAGCCUGUUGAAAGGAAAGAGAGUGCAGUAAGGUGGACACCAGACCCAGUUUUAUCUUCUCGCUCUUACCAAGACCUUUCAGAGGUUUUGCUCACACUGGAGGAUGAGUUUGGGCAGAUGAGUUUUGACCACCAAGAACUGGUAAAACAAAUCCAAGAGGCGCACUCAGAUCACUUAAAGGAGGAUCUAGAAAGAGAGCUGGAAGCUCUUGUGAAAAGGAUGGAGGCAAAAGCAGACCAAAUCACUAAAGUACGGAAACAUCAUGCAAUGCUUGGAAAAUUAUUUGGGCAAGCCAAGGUUAAAAAGAAAGCGACUACCGAGGAACAUGCAAAAGAGAGAAAGCACUUUAGGGAUGGGAAGGAGGCCCACGUGAGCAAAGACAAACCUGGGGAAAGGAGCAGGAAGAGCCUGCAGCUGCUGAGGGACAUGCAGACCUUGCAGACUUCCCUCCAGAAGGAGGACAUUAGCUGGGACUGCUAAAUAGUCCCUCACUCACACUGUGAGAUAUGUCUCAGGGAAAGUGUCUGCAUUGCCUCUCUCCUUCCUUCUCUUGUCCUGCCUCGCUGCCCACAACAUACACAGCUUGCCCUUUCUGUGCUCUCUGCAUUGGUGAGAGGGUGCAAGGGCAUCGGGGGUCCAUCACCAAAGCCCACCUGAAAGUGCCUGCAGAUCCUUGCUUUGCAACCAGUAUCCCAUGGCAACCGCUAAAGGGAAACAAUAAUUAGCUACCUUAAUUUUCUACCUUUACUACUUUUAAUUUACUACCUUAAAGUAACACCUCAGGCUGUAACCCUUUGCUCCCCAGUUCUUCUGCAUUACAGCAUUCUAAUUUGCCCCUGGUCUGUUCUCUAUUGGAGGCCUCCCGUUAUCAUUCCAGAAUGCAUUGAUGGUGCUACAGGUUUUUACCUCAAGAAAGUGAAUCUGCAAAACUCAAUGCAGCAAAUGCAACUUCAGACUGAACACAACAGGAGGAAAAUAUCAUUGUAUUAUAAUAAUGGAUUUCUUCCUCCUCCUCUCCAGUGCCUUUCUCUAUAUUAGUUAUGGUUAUCAUGGCCAUGCAACAUUUUCAGCACAUAUUGGGGAAUUGUGCAGUUGCUGCCAGACAGGAAGUUGGGGUGGGAACCCUCAUAUGUACUUCCUGUGAGCUGCACUGUGCCCUAUAAGAGAGGAAGUAUUGUCCAUAUAUAUUUCAAGGCGCUGGCCCUUAUGUUGGCCAUACACUAGCUGACAGCAUGCUGUUCAACUGAUCAGGACACAGUUCCUGUACAGCUCCUAAUUUGUAUCCAUCCAGUUGGGCUGAGACUCCAUUUCUUUCCCUACCGAUGCACCAUUCACUCAUAAAUAUGGUGCACCGACUGAUUCCAUUUUUAAGUGAUAUCCUUAGUACAUGAGUAUCAGUUGGAAUUGUGGGCCAUGUAUUUACCAAAAUCAGUUUUAUUUGUAUAUGUAUGGCCAGCUGUUUUCAACAUACUGGGGAACACAAAGGCCUGCACACAUUCCCAUAGGCUACUGCCUGACAGGGCUGACAAUCAGGUGGCCUGCUGGCCCUGGCCUGAGAGGCACUGCAUCAGGGUAGGGGCAGACACACAGACUAUGCAGAAUCUACUACCCAUAGUUUAUUGGGUGAAAUGUCUAGGUUAUAGACAGUGUUUGCCCUGCUUGGCCUUGGCUGUGUUUUUGGUUGGAUGAAAGCUGCACUCCAGCUUUCAUCAUCCCUACCAUUGGGGUGUAGUGUUCCACUGCCUAAUGUCUGCUGGUCUCAUAAAGGCACUCUACAGGUUCCGCACCUGUAUGUAGUCCUUGCCUUUUACUCACACCCCCGACUGCCUUAAUAUUUACAUGGGUGUCCUUCCCGCAAAACAAAUGUGCAUUACUUCAUAAAUCUCACUGGAUUGGACUUUUAGUGAUUGGUUUGCACUGAGUGCACCCAGCACCACUACUGAUUAAUUAUUGCAGGCACUGACAUUUUUCUUUUUUGACUCUGACACCCAAUGAGCACAAGUGUAUAUUUCGGAACGUUGAAUUAGAGACACUUGUGGUGCUUUGGGGGGGGGGGGGGAAACAGGCCGACACAAUUCGAAACAAUUAUUUGUGUGUCACAGACCCCAAUAUCUUCUGCACAAUUUACAUUCUUUCCUUCAUGUGAGCUAAGGAAUAUACAAAUCAACUGACCAAUAUGAUUGUAUUAUUAUUUUUACAGCAGGGUUUAUUUUCCCUUAAGUAAGGAAAGGAGCCUCGCUGCACCCAUGGCAUUGUGGGACACUUAGUAUUUGUAAUGCAUUUACCUAAUACGGCAGCUGCUUCCAUUUUUCUAAAAGCUGCCAGGUAUCUAUUAAAUUCACAUUUGAUAAAGAAAAGUUAAUAUAUACUUCUUUUUUUCUCGGUGUACAGGGAUAUUAUAAGAAUUAUUUACAUUUUUAAAGAAAAUGAUCUUUUCUAGACUUUUUGUAGAUCUAUUUAUUGAGUGUAAAAUAUUGAUAUACAGCCAUUGACUGUGAGUGCUUGGUUUCUCCAUUUUUAUCCUGUGAUAUUGGUCGUGUGGUGUGUUGCUAUUGUAAACUACAACUCCCAGUGGUUUAGCAUUGUCCAAGUCCCAUUGCAGCAGCAGCCGCAGAGCCAUAGGCUGCCCAUCCUAGGACUAAGGACCCUAUUUCUGCAUAGAGGCCAUCAGGGCACAGGUUGCUUGGCGAAAACUGAGUGAGUACAUAUGUCUCUUUAAUCCUUGGCUUCAUGCUUAUUGCACUUAUUGGGUUGUAGCUCUGUGCAUGUACCUGUGACUCUUGCUUUGCACUAUAUAAAUAAAGACAAUAUAUCAUGCA